AUUAAUAUAAAAAUUAAGUAAUGUCUUUAGGAGUACCUCUUAAAAUUAUGCAUGAAGCAGUUCAUCAUAUUGUCACAGUUGAACUAAAAACAGGUGAAAUGUUUACAGGAUAUAUGGCAGAAGCUGAAGUAAUUAAAACUACAAUAUUAAAGGACACAAUGAAUGUAAGAUUAGAUGAAGUGUAAAUGGUAACAAGAGAUGGUAGACCAAUGUCUUUAGAAUAAGUAUAUUUAAGAGGAAGCCAAAUUAGAUUUGUAGUGAUUCCUGAUGUAUUCAAAUAUGCUCCAAUGUUCAAAAAAAUUAGAGCAAAUGCUAAAAGCAAAAAUAUGCAAUAAAUUAGAGAAAAAGCUAGACAAGUUAGAGGUAAUCUAUUUAUCUAAUUAUUCAAUAGAGGAACUAGUACCACGUAUUAAACAAGGAUUAGAGUAAUAAAAAAAGUGAUAUAUUAGAUGGAUA